CGCGCUCCUCUUUGUCGUCGCAGUCACGUGCCAACGCAAUCUCGCAUUGACUGCCACGAAUCCUUGUUUUGCAGAAAUGUUUCACAGCGGCACACUAAUGCAACAGCAACCUACAGCUGGUGGAUCGAGCACUGGCGCCGGAACAGCGACCUCGGGUCAUCGACCGUGAAGAUGGCAGUCGUCAUUUCUGUGGUGGUGCUGCUCCUAACGUUCCUCGUCCUCGCCAUCGUCUUCACCACCGAAAGCGGAGCAGAAGACACGAUAGCACCGAUGAAUUUGCCUGCUCCGGAUGUUCCGGGGAGUGACCCACCAAAGGUUGCACACAACGACGGCGACAGCAACGACGGCGACAGCAACGACGGCGACAACAACGACGGCGGAAACCACGACGCUAGCUUGUAUGCCGGUCUGACGUGCGUGACUUCUGAGAGAGCUGCCACCGAUGCCGUCGAUUAUGUCCAGCUGUACCAGCCGUGCGACAACGUCAUCUACAGCAUGGGAUCAAUAUGUGGGAACGUAGGACCCAAGGCUGGCCUCCAGGCAAUCGCUGCACUGGAUGAGGACAAGGCCAAGUACGUCGGCUUUGACUACGAUGGUUCGCAGGAUGUCACGUGCUACGCCAGUCUGGGUCGCAUCGACGGUUGGGAUAAUAACGGCUACGCGGCGCUCAGCGUCGAAAUGGCAGACGACUUCUCGGACGUUGCUGAUGUGGCGGCGAAAGUAAAGUUCGCCUUUGACGCCAUCAAGGGAACCAGUGACGUGGACAUGCCGAAGAUUAUCGGAAUCAAGAUUAACCCAGCGGACGCCGACGUUACGAAGGAAAACGCAGAAAAUCUCCGCGACCUUCUCAGCGGCGUGUCCCUGGUGAUAUUCCAGUCACACCCGGAAAGAGACGUCUCCCCUUGCACCAUUGCGAUAAGCGAUGUCAUGAUAAGCAAGAAAAACAUGAUCAAAUUAAUGGAAGACAUUCCCCUGCCCGUCGCUAUAUCUUCGACCGCAGCUUUGGUUCUAAUCACUACCGACGGUCAACAGACGCAACGUGGAAGCCGCUGCGUGGGCGCGAACCUUGUUCCCCGUUCCACUCUGCCUGACAAGUCGGUGAAGCACCGGACGAAGUAUGGGGUGGCCGUGUUCAACCUGGAUUAUUACUACCUGGACCAGUACCCAGAGUGCCCGCCACUCAACCUGAGCGCCUUCAAGCUGCCCAGACCAGACCAACAGUGA